AUCGGCCUCCUGACAUCGCUUCCUUUGCUCAAAGAGAUCGUGGAAGACCUCGAGGACAUGCAGGCGUCGGACGAAGCCAAGUGCUUUAUCUACUUCACCAAGGAAUCGCACAUCUACACGCUGCUAAACUGCAUCCUCGAGGGCGGACUCGAGACCAAGAUCAAGCGGGCCACCAUCCCGGAGCUCGAUUUCCUCUCCCAGAUCUCGUUUGAGCUAUACGAGAUGCCCGCUAAUCCGCCCGCCGGCGAAGAUGGCGCACCCGCGUUCAACUACAGCAUCAAGAUUACUAUUAGUCCCGGAUGCCACGUGUUUGACCCGCUCGAUGUGCAGCUCGACAGCAGGCAUUGCAUCGGCUGCGCCCCCCGCAGGAGCUUGACGGCUCAUCAUGACUGGAAGGUGGUGAUUGAGACGCUCAGGGCUAAGUUCCACCAGUAAGUGCCACCUUAAUUAUCAUG